GUGAGCGCCCAGGGGGAUCCCCGCGCCCAGGCCCGCUCCCAGCGCCUCCGCUCCAGCGAUGGGCCCCCCCGAGCUGCGCCCGGGUGACUCCGGGCCCGGCCCGGACCAGACGCUGCCGCCGCCGCUGUGAGCCGGCCCCGGCCCCGGCUGGGAGCUGCUGCCCCCGGGCUGCAGAACAACUCCACAUUUCGCUCCAGCUCGUCCCGUCCUCCCAUGGCACAGGGCAGAGAAAUGGCUGCAGCGGAGCCAGUUCAGGGGCCGGUGAGCUUCGAGGAGGUGGCUGUGUAUUUCACCGUGGGGCAGGGGGCCCUGCUGGACCCCGCUCAGAGAGCCCUCUACAGAGACGUCAUGCAGGAGAACUAUGAGAACGUGACCUCGCUGGGGUGUCCAGUUUCCAAACCUGAUGUGAUCUCCCAGCUGAAACAAGGGGAGGAGCCGUGGGUCCCGGAUCUCCAGGGCUGUGAGGAAGGAGAGAUCCCCAGAGGUGCCUGCGCAGCAGGUGCUGGGAUGGUGAGUGGGGAGAAGAAGCAGAAUCCUCAGCAGGAAGAUUCUGAGCAAGUGGCACCACAUGGGGGAUUAUCGCACGGCUCCAGAGCGAAUGUGUCCCGGCAUCGUGUGCAGGGCAAAGCCUGUGAGAGUCAGCACAGGCCAGAGAGGGAGCAGAGAAACCAGCCAGGGGAGAAAGUGGGUAACUCCAUUAAUUGUCAGGGAACUCACCAGGACCUCCUGGAAACCACAGCCCAGCCGAGAAUACCCACAGGAGAGAGAAAUAACACAUGCACUGAGUGUGGAAAACAUUUCACUAGCCACUCAGGCCUUUUAAAACAUGAGAGAAUCCACACUGGAGAGAGGCCCUAUGGAUGCAAUGUGUGUGGGAAAAGCUUCAGUCAGAGCAUUCAUCUUAUUCGACAUCACAGGAUCCACACAGGAGAAAGACCCCAUGAAUGCAGUGAGUGCGGGAAAACCUUCACUCUGAGCUCUACCCUUAUUAACCAUCAGAGGAUCCACACAGGAGAACGACCGUAUAAAUGUAGUGAGUGUGGGAAAAAGUUCACUCGGAGCUCAGGUCUUGUUAAACAUCAGAGGAUCCACACAGGAGAGAAACCUUAUGAAUGCUGUGAAUGUGGGAAAAGCUUCACCGACAGGUCAGAUCUUAUUAAUCAUCAGAGGAUCCACACAGGAGAGCGACCCUAUAAAUGUAGUGAGUGUGGGAAAAAGUUCACCCGGAGCUCAGGUCUUAUUACACAUCAGAAGAUCCACACAGGAGAGAAGCCCUACAAAUGCUGUGAAUGUGGGAAAAGCUUCAUUCAGAGCUCAACCCUUCAUAAACAUGAGAGGAUUCACCCAGGGGAGAGAAGCUACGAAUGCUGUGAGUGUGGGAGAACCUUCAGUCAGAGCUUUCACCUUAUUCGACAUCACAGAUUGCACACAGGAGAGAAACCCUACGAAUGCAGUGAGUGUGGGAAAAGCUUCACUCAGAGCUCAGCCCUUAAUAAACAUCAGAGGAUCCACACAGGGGAGAGACCCUAUGAAUGCUGUGAGUGCAGGGAAAGCUUCUCUGUAAAGUCAGACCUUAUUGAACAUCAGAAUAUCCACAUGGGAAAGAUACCUCAUCAGUGCUCUGAGUGUGGAAAAACUUUCACACAGAGUUCAUCCCUCAAUACACAUCAGAGGAUCCACACGGGAGAGCGCCCCUAUGAGUGCUGUGAGUGUGGGAAACUGUUCAGGCAGAAAUCAACCCUAAUUACACAUCAGGCAAGGCAUACAGGAGAGAGACCCUAUCAAUGCUGUGAUUGUGGGAAAGGCUUCAGUGUGAGCUCAGACCUCAUUGUACAUCAGAGAAUUCACACGGGAGAGAGACCUUAUAGAUGCUGUGAGUGCGGGAAAAGUUUCACCCGGAGCUCACCCCUUUCAAGACAUCAGAGUAUUCACAGGAGAGAGACACAGCAUAGAAACUCUGUGUAGGGCGGAGAAAAGAUUAAAAAAAAACAAAACACAUUUGCUAAUUCCCACAUAGUGACCUUGCGGUUUGUUUGCACCAUUUGUGUCCCUCUGUUCUCUCAGCUGCCUUGUGUGUUGCCCAUUUGUGCCUUUUACAGGUCGCCCUUCUCUGGGGUGAGUCCCGUGCUCCUUUCCCCCAACUCCUUUCUCCAGUGAGUCAUUGGAGUGUGUGUCCUUCCAGCAAGGAGUUUCCAUCAGCCCCAGGUGGGGGAAAUUGGGGUGACCACAAGUCGCCUCACUGAGUGAAAAUGGACAUGGGGUUUGUCUUCUGCUCUAGGAUUUCCCUUGGCAUCGGCAUGCUGGAGGUAGCUAUCCUGAUGUUUGCAGUGCUGACAUAGCCAGUGCACAGGGGUUGGGGUUAGCUGGCAUCUUCCCCUUUGGCCUGUCCUAAUGGACACCCAUUUUCCUGGUCUGGACAAUCCCUGAGCAUCAUGUUUAUACUGUCACCCCAGUAGCAGAGCGAUUGUUAGUCACCAAGUUCCCCCUUUGCUGACAAAAUGUCUCCUUCCCAGUUGUGCUCACGCUGGUCCAGGUGGUGCUGGGCAGCGGGUAUUUUAUCUUUUAUCAGUUUCCUUAUUGACUGUAUAUUUCAAUAUGACAAAGAGGAGAAGCAGGAGUGGGAUAAAUGUAUCAUUUCAACCUCUGCGAGGCCAGAAGGAAAUGGGGCAAGUCGGAGGGAUUUCCUCUUUCCCCAUCACCAUCACUAGGCCCACUCACUCCAGCAGCGCUGGCGUCUGUGUGAGGCACAGUGUAGUUUCUCCACCUCUAUUCUACCCCCAGAGCGUCUCUGCAAUUAGUAUCAAUUUGAUCCUAAAUCUGACUCAUUAGAGCUGGCAACGAAAGUGUCCCAGACCUGGUGGAUCCCAAACACUGUGACAUCAUUCCAAGUUUAAAUCCCAGUUUCUGUCUAUUGACAAAGCCACUUCCGGACUUUUUCCUGCUGAUUUGGGAUUCUUUGCAGAUGAGAUGGUCGGCAGUUUUUCCCUAUUACGAUGAU